UUCACAUCACCCUGAGUUACUGUGCAUUGCCAUGGGGUAAUUUAUGGCACUUUAACAGUCACACCUGCCUUCAGUUGAGUGCAAAAUGAUAAUUUGAACGUCUGCGCGGAGUGAUCGGUUUGGCUAGAGGUCAAUUCACGACUGGUAGGGUCACAACACACCUGAGCCAGACAGCAAACUCAGACGCCGAGUCUCAUUGUAUUGUACCGGCGGAUAGAGACAGGUGAUCGUCAUGUUGUUCAAUUGUACUCGCCUCUUAAGAUCCUCUGUAGGGAUCUUGAAACAGAUUUCUUCAGGAAUUGGACAAAAACCUCUCAAUGGCUUCACAGCAACGACAAAUUUAAAAUCAGUGAGAACUUUGUCAGUAGUUCAGGGAGAUCUCAGUAGACUGCCCCAGCAUGUAACAGAGUAUAUCACAGAAAAGUCAAAGAUUUGUCAGCCAUCAAAUAUUCAUAUCUGUGAUGGAAGUGAAGAAGAGAAUAAGAAACUUUUAGACAUUUUACAAAAAGAUGGGAUGAUCAAACCCCUGAAGAAGUAUGAAAACUGCUGGUUGGCUUGCACAGAUCCAGCAGAUGUGGCGAGGGUGGAGAGCAAGACUGUGAUCUCAACCACCAACCGCAGAGACACCAUUCCCACGACAGCUGAGGGCGUCAAGGGUCAGCUAGGUCAGUGGAUGUCACCGGAUGACCUACAGAGGGCGCUAGGGGAGAGAUUUCCAGGCUGUAUGAAAGGCCGCACAAUGUAUGUGAUUCCAUUCAGUAUGGGCCCAGUUGGGUCUCCCUUGUCUAAGAUUGGCAUACAGUUGACAGACUCACCGUAUGUUGUUGCGAGCAUGCGCAUCAUGACACGCAUAGGCACAGCUGUGAUAGACACCCUCGGCAACGCAGAUUUUGUCAAAUGUUUACACUCCAUUGGUGCUCCUCUGCCUCUUACCAGACCUCUGAAGAAUAACUGGCCAUGCCACCCUGAGAAGGUACUGGUCUCUCAUCUCCCAGAUAAUAACGAGAUCAUCUCCUACGGCAGCGGCUAUGGCGGCAACUCUCUCCUGGGGAAGAAAUGUUUCGCCUUGAGAUUGGGCAGCAUUAUAGCUCGGGAUGAGGGCUGGCUGGCAGAACACAUGCUGAUUCUUGGCAUCACCAACCCUGCUGGGAAGAAGAAAUACAUUGCAGCAGCAUUCCCCAGUGCAUGUGGUAAAACCAACCUGGCCAUGAUGAACCCUACACUCCCGGGGUACAAGAUCGAGUGCGUGGGUGACGACAUCGCCUGGAUGAGAUUUGAUGACCGGGGGCAGCUGCGUGCUAUCAACCCAGAGGCUGGCUUCUUUGGUGUGGCGCCCGGAACAUCCAAUAAAACCAACCCCAAUGCUAUGGCAACCAUCAGGAAGAACACAAUCUUCACCAACGUUGCAGAGACCAGUGAUGGUGGUGUCUGGUGGGAGGACAUCAACGAGGAUCCAGCAGAGGGAGUCACCAUCACCUCCUGGCUAGGCCAGGAGAACUGGACAAAGGACAGUGGGAAACCUGCAGCACACCCCAACUCCAGGUUCUGCACCCCUGCCUCCCAAUGUCCCAUCAUAGACCCCAACUGGGAGUCUUCAGAGGGUGUACCAAUCGAAGCAAUAAUCUUUGGUGGCAGGAGACCAGAAGGAGUUCCCCUUGUGUACGAGACCUUCAGCUGGCGCCAUGGAGUAUUUGUGGGCAGUGCCAUGAGAUCAGAGGCCACAGCCGCUGCUGAACACAAAGCCAAGGUCCUGAUGCAUGAUCCUUUUGCCAUGCGUCCAUUCUUUGGCUACAACUUCGGCCAUUAUCUGAAACACUGGCUCAGUAUGGAGCAGAAACCUGGUGUACAUAUCCCAAAGAUCUACCACGUUAACUGGUUCCGUAAGGGACAGGAUGGCAAGUUCCUCUGGCCAGGAUUUGGUGAAAAUACCCGUGUUUUGGACUGGAUCUUCCGCCGUCUGGAUGGAGAGGACUGCACCAUGGAAACGCCUAUAGGUCUGGUGCCAAAAGAUAACUCUCUAAACCUUGAAGGCUUGAAAGAUAAAGUCGAUUUGGAUGCCCUGUUUAACAUCCCGCGAGAGUUUUGGCUAGAUGAAGUGGAGGCCAUUCGUAAAUAUUACUAUGAGCAAGUCAAUGAUGAUCUUCCUGAUGAGAUUGCAGAAGAGCUGAAUGCUCUGCAUGAUCGUGUUUCAGCCAUGCGCGAAGCAAGCGCUUCUCAGCUAUAGACAUAAGUGAUCUGGUUAGACUAAUAGAGAGGAAAGUGACAUUUUAUUUUGCAUUCUCAUUUCAGCUUGGAUUUGCAUUAUAAAGAUAAAUGAGCAUGGCAUAUUUUUUAUGGAAGGAGUUAAUGUCCUUAUUUUGAGGAUUUAUAUAUUGCACAAUAUAGAACUUGACAUGUUGAACACAGAGAUGAAACCCUUCACUGUAUGUGGAGAUUGAAAGGUUCUUUGUGUCGAUCCUUUGGAUACCAAAUUUCAGGGCUAUAUAUUACAAUUUUCCAUGAAAAGUCAGUUUGCAGCAGAGUGGAAAGACACUUGGGAUUCUUUUUAUGUGAUACUAGUAUUUUGAAAGUGUUUUAACUUUUAAGAAAAGUGUGUGUUUAAGAUUUUGUGCACCAGAACAUUUUGUUUUUCAGUUUUAAACAGAUCCAGUUGUGGUCUUAUAAUAACAAAUUUUUAGAUUUUAACCCCAAAUCAUGAAAUCUUCAACACAGACUGGGUUCAUGUUUUGAGAGCAAUAAUAUUUUAUUAAGAUUCCAAAUUUAUAUAUCUCUGAAUAUAGACACACAUAGACUUCACACAUAAAUUCUUACAUUUUAUACAUAUGAAUAUAAAUUUAUAUGAUACAUUAUAUACAUAUUUGUAAAUACUCCAUUACAUCGUUGAAUAUUGAUUGCAAUUUGAGCUGCUUGUUACAAGUUGGAAAUUUCAAAAUAUAGCAUAUAUGUAUACGGGGGUGGAGAGUGAAUUAGGGCAGCUUGAAUAAUUUUUAAAUAAAUAUAUGUGUACAGUAACAUUUCAAUGCAGAUACUUACAUCAAAUAUUAUCAUGUAAAAGUCAACUUUAAGACUCAGAAGGUACUGGGAAAAGUAACCUUGAAGCUUUUUAUUUCUACUUCUCAGUUUAGUAUCAUGCACCAAGGGAAAGUUUGUUUCUGAGGAAUAAAUCAUAUUUUACAUAAAUA